GUGGCGUUGAAGCGGAAGCAUACACAUCAACAUGGCGGACGCCGACUUGGUAGUCCGAAACGACAUUCGUUCGGCAAUGUGGAAUCCCGGAGGAUGGAAAAGUUUGCUAUCAUUUUUUAUUCUAGCCUUAGCAUGGCUUGCAGGUUUCAGUGCUCGACUCUUUGCAGUCAUUCGAUUCGAGAGCAUAAUUCAUGAAUUUGACCCAUGGUUCAAUUACAGAGCCACACACUACAUGGUUGAAAAUGGAUUCUAUAACUUCUUAAACUGGUUUGAUGACAGAGCAUGGUAUCCACUAGGAAGAAUUGUUGGAGGCACAGUUUACCCUGGCCUGAUGGUGACAUCUGGAUCAAUUCACUGGAUACUAAAUCUACUGCACAUACCUAUUCACAUAAGAGAUAUAUGUGUAUUUUUAGCACCUAUUUUUAGUGGUAUGACAGCUACAUCUGUGUAUCUUUUUACUAAAGAAAUAUGGUCUCCUGGAGCAGGACUGUUUGCAGCUUGUUUUAUAGCAAUAGUGCCUGGCUACAUCAGUCGUUCUGUUGCUGGAAGCUAUGAUAAUGAGGGCAUUGCUAUAUUUGCACUCAUGUUUACUUAUUACUUGUGGAUAAAAGCAGUUAAAACAGGUCAAGUGUUUUGGUCCAUUUGUGCUGCACUGUCCUACUUUUACAUGGUUUCUGCAUGGGGAGGUUAUGUAUUCAUCAUCAACUUAAUUCCAUUACAUGUCUUUGUGUUGCUUAUAAUGGGCAGAUAUUCUCAACGUAUUUAUACAGCAUAUUCAUGUUUUUAUAUUGUUGGGUUGAUACUGUCCAUGCAAAUUCCCUUUGUUGGGUUCCAGCCAAUUAGAACAAGUGAACAUAUGGCUGCUGCGGGUGUUUUUGCACUGAUCAAUGCCUAUGCCUUUCUUAAGUACAUUCAGAAUUUUCUCACAAAGUCAGAGUUCAGAUAUUUUUUCUUUGCUGCUGUCACUAUAGCAGCAGCAGUAGUGUUUAUUGCAGUUGUUGGAUUAACAUGGGCUGGCUACAUAGCACCUUGGAGUGGACGCUUCUACUCAUUGUGGGACACAGGAUAUGCUAAGAUUCAUAUUCCCAUCAUUGCUUCAGUUUCUGAGCACCAACCUACCACAUGGGUAUCAUUCUUUUUUGACCUUCAUAUACUGGUCUGUGCAUUUCCUGUUGGAGCAUGGUAUUGCAUUAAGAAUGUCAAUGAUGAACGUGUCUUUGUUGUUCUCUACGCCAUAUUUGCCAGCUACUUUGCUGGUGUGAUGGUGCGGUUGAUGUUGACUCUGACUCCUGUUGUCUGUGUUCUGGCUGCCAUAGCAUUCUCCAAAACAUUUGAAUCCUAUUUGAAGGAUGAUUCUCCUAAGCAGAACCAGAAAAAUGCAGAUGAGAAAGGAGACAAUAAAAAUGACAGAUUAUAUGAUAAGGUUGGCAAUAAGAAAGUUAGAGAUGAAAAACCUAAAGAUGAAGAAGGUCUUGGUAUCAAUGUAAAAAGUAUCAUUGUUGUGGCUCUGCUGAUGAUGCUGAUGUUGUUUGCUGUUCACUGUACCUGGGUGACAAGCAGUGCCUACUCUAGUCCUAGUAUUGUCUUAGCUUCUUAUGGACAAGGAGGGAGCCGUACUAUCCUUGAUGAUUUUCGCGAGGCAUACUACUGGCUGCGUCAAAAUACAGAUGAUAAGGCUCGAGUAAUGUCUUGGUGGGAUUACGGGUAUCAGAUAGCUGGCAUGGGAAAUCGAACUACUCUAGUCGACAACAAUACUUGGAAUAACAGCCAUAUUGCCUUGGUUGGUAAAGCUAUGUCAUCCAAUGAGUCUGCUGCCUAUGAAAUCAUGAGAGCACUGGAUGUGAACUAUGUUCUAGUCAUAUUUGGAGGUGUAAUAGGAUACUCUGGAGAUGAUAUUAACAAGUUCUUGUGGAUGGUUCGCAUAGCAGAAGGUGAACAUCCACGGGACAUUAGGGAAGUGGAUUAUUUCACCCCUCAAGGAGAGUUCCGUGUAGAUGCCGCUGGCUCUAAAAUUUUGCUCAAUUGUCUGAUGUAUAAACUAUCAUAUUACAGAUUUGGUCAGAUGCAGCUUGAUUUUCGUAGUCCUGCUGGAUUUGAUAGAACCAGGGGUGUGGAAAUAGGCAACAAAAACUUUGAGCUAACUCAUGUGGAAGAAGCCUAUACUACAGAACACUGGUUAGUAAGAAUAUACAAAGUGAAAGAUUUGGAAAACAGAAGUGAAAUUAAAAAACCACAUAAACCUGUCAAGAAGUCAAAAAGAAAGCCAAAAAGGCAAACUGUUAGAAAGCCUGGUGUGAUAAAGCACAGUCCAAAAGUUGUUAAAGGCAAAAAAGUGAAAUCUCCAAAAACCACUAAAACACCCCCAAAGACAGGUGGAAAGAAAUAAAUAUAGACAUUCUGAAGCACGAGAGUCCGGGAGUGUGGUUGGUUGAUUGAGUAGUGGUAGAAAAACUGUGAAAAACUACAUUCUGUGGAGCUGAUUGAAUUGGUGUGUUCAUCUGUUCCAUUCAUAUUGACUAUGUUGAUGCAUUUUUAAUGUUUCAAAUUUAGAGUAAAUAUAGCAUAUUUGUAUGUAUUUCAAGGAUGAUUUUAUUUAUUCUAUUAAGAAAUGACAUUCAUAAUACAGUAGCUGAGGACAGGCUUGUAUGGUCAGAUGUACUGUCCACCAUGGACUCCCCAAAAGUCUUUUAUUAGGUAUCUUAAAUGCUUCAAGUAUUUGUAUUUCUUUGUCACUAAGAUGCCUUACAGUUCAGAAUAGUUAUUUGAGCUGUUUCAAAUGGGUGCUAAAAUGUCUCCCAUUUUUGUAAUUUAAAAAUACAAAACUAAUCUUUGCUACUACAACCAAAUUAUAAAGGUACGUCCAAUAGUACAGCUAGUUGAAACUGAUGACUUGAAUAGAACCUUGACACAAGCAGUUUAUAAACUAAAGAACCUUAAUUAUUUAUUUAAACAACUUCUGAAGCUGUUGGUUUCAGAGCAAAAUAUUGAAAAAGACAGAUCUGUGUAAUUUGUUGAAUUAUCUGUUAGGCAUUGUAUAUUAAACCUAUAACUAGAGUUUUGUGGUGUCUUCAUUCUUUUAUUCAGCUAACUCCUCAGAAAUAUCAAUACUUUCCUAUAUGUUAGUUCUUUGCAAAAUACAUGAAAAGUCAUCGCAGCAUCAGCAAGCUUCUUGCAAAUGUACAAUCUCACAUUAAAAAUGCAAAUCAAACUUCGUCUUUGUUCAAUUAAUGUAAUGCAGUAUUUCAAGUAACUGUUUUUAACUUAUAUGUAUAGAUAUGUAUAUUUUUUUUUAUACUUUAAAAAAAAUAUUCACUUUUUAACAUUUGCUUUAAAAACAAUACAGAAUCAAUUAAAACAUUAUUGACAAAAAUAAGAUUUCUUUCUUAUUGGUAUUUAUACUGUUAAAAGAAAUAUUUGCUUUUUGUCACUGUAAGUUAUUGAUCUCAAGAAUUGAUAACUGAUUAUUCUUGAUUGAAAAAAAGUAUGAUUGUUAUCUAUUUUAGCUCAUGUUUCAAUAUAAUCUAUGGCUUAGGCACUCGUGUGCUCUAGGAUAUCAAACUUGAUGUUUUCCAUUUGUUCUUUUUAAUCAGAAUGCAUAUAAUUGUAUAUUGAGGUAUUUUGAUUUGAUCUGUUCUGUGUUGAUUUUGUUUUGAACCAAUUCACUACAAAUGUGCUGUAAUUUAUUUUUCUUGUAAUUUAAGCACUCAAUGUUCACCACAAAGUUAUAUAUAAUUAAAAACGUCCUUUUAAAAUACAAGACUAUCUCUUUUUUUUUAAACUGAAUUGCACAUUAGCUACAGUGUAUUGAAAAUAAAAACAGCAGCUGAUACAUUCAGCUUCUUACAAAUUGUGAUAUUUAAUAUAAUCAAUGAAAGAAGACAAGCCUGUUUAAACCACAGUUGUCUUUUUUGUUUACAGAGAAAAGUGUUACAUUGGAAGAUGUUAUGCCAUUGUGAAAUGUUAAUUUCAUCAUGCCAAUGUGCAACAGCUGUGUAUGGUUUAUAGUUAGGCAUCAGAAGUAAUAGCCAAGUACUAGUAUAGAGUCAUUUGAACUUUACUAUGCUUUUUAGGUAAAUAUAAUUACACAAAAAAUUUACUAGUUAAUUGCUUUUAACUAUUUUUUUAAAUAUUUCGUUGUUGAUAAAAUAAAAACUUUCAUUGUUGAUAAAAUAUAAACUAAAAAAAAAAUGUGUGCAUGUUAGAUAAUUUCCUAUUUCUGGAUUGAGGCUUGGGCAUUUAAUAUUGGCUUUUUGCUUCUAAGGGUGGGCCACAUUUGAUCUUGUUAUUUUUUUUUUUAUACUUUGGGGCUCCAUGAACUUUGUUCUUCUGAUGCAUUUUGUUUUCAUUGAUCAAACACUUUGUUGUUUUCUUAGAUUGUUUGCUAUGCUCAUGUUCAACUCAGUGUGUAUGUCUGCACUUUAUGUUGUGCUUUUAAAAAAAAAAAAAAAAAAAAAAGAACAAUAGUUGUAAAUGGAAAAAUGUCUGUUGGUAAACUUUGAUUUGAAUAACUUGCCAGAUAGUAAUAAUAGGUCAUAUAGUGAUACUAUUUUGUGAUAAUAAACUACAGUAAAUUCCAUUUUUUUCCCCAUUGUAAUUUUUUAAAUAUCUAUUUUGUUUACAUUUUGUGUUACAGUGAACUAUAGAAUUGUUAAAUCAUGAAGUAAACACACAUUUUAAAGUAACCAAUGACAGAAUUCUACAGGAUGACUUGCACAGUGAAACACAAGACCCAAUACUUGAUUUCUUCAUAUUUUGAGAAGCAUCCUAUCUUUAAUUCAUAUUGAAAAGUUUUUAAGAAUCUUAAUAAUUAGGUUAUUGGGGAAAUAAAAAUUAUCUAAGUAAGGUACAUCCAUUUUACUGUAGUUGUGUUAAUGAUUUUUAAAAAAUCGCCAAGUAUGUCCCUAAAUUUAAGAUAUGAGAAAUAUUUAACUAGUGAAGAUGCUGGCUCUGGGUGGCUCAGUUGAUCAAUUUUGAAUACAUAACUUUCAACAUAUCAUUCUGUUGCCAAAACUUUGAUUGAAAUGUCCCUAUUACAGAUGCCUGGAAAAUUUUAAAAUAUGUUAAUGUGAUUUAUUAGAGUGUUUUGUGUACCAACACCUAGAUGUAUGUGUUGAAUACAGUGUCACAGAUCUCUAUGCAUUUAUUUUAUUCUUGUGAAAGUGUUCUAUACAAAACCAUGAAGUGUUAAUGUAGCCAUGGGCUCCAAUUCUUGUGUAUUUCUGUGUGGCUGAGAGUAACAGUUGAACAUGUCAUCAAAUAAACAAUUUAUAAAUGUU